ACAUUUUACAUGUGUUGCCAGAUAUAACAAUCAGCUUGUGCAAUUUUCGUUUUUAGGGCGUAUUCACUUCGUUGUUAUACAUUUGCUAAAACUUAUUAUUUUUUCAAUUAGUCGUUACCAAUUAGAAGAAUGAUAAGUAAAGGAGACGAGCAGUCGGUCAGUGCAGCAGGGUUGGAAGCUCCCAGGCUAAAGUCAUCAUCACAAUCGAAGAGUAUAAAAACGAUGAGUUUCAACUUGGAUGAUACAAAGAUGCAGCCUUCCAACAGCAAUAUGACGACUGCUUCUAUGAGAUCUGAAACACUCGCUAGCUCAGGUAAAUCCAGCCUCCAAGGAUCAGAUUGGAAGGAUAAGAAGAAAAGAAAGUACACUAAUUGCACGAUGCAACUACUAAAACAAUAUCAGAGAGAAGAUAUAGAAAAAGCUUUCAGAAUUUUGGACAACAGCAACAACGGAAAAAUCGGGAUUAGGGAUAUAAAGACGUUGAUAAGAGCUUGCGGUUUCGAACCUAGCAAUGAUGAACUAAGAAAUAUCAACAUGGAGUAUGAUCCUCAAAAUGAAGGUUAUUUUUCGCUUGGAGAUUUUAUUGCCAUAUUUCUAGCGAAACUUGAGCAAAAAGACCAGCGCGAAGAGAUGAUAAGAGCAUUUAAAUUUUUUGAUCGCGAUCAAAAAGGUGGAAUAACGUUCGAUGAUUUGAAAAACUGCGCUUUUGAGAUUGGAGAAAAUUUACACGAUGAGGAAAUUCAAGAGAUGAUGAAUGAAGCAAAUUUGAAACGAGAUGGCCUGGUGACACUACGGGAAUUUUUAAAGUUAAUGAAUCGACAAGAAGAUGAGUUUUAAACAGAAGGAAAUAGGUUAUAGUUAAAUAAAAUACCUUUUUCUUUUUA